AAAAGGAGUCAAAACGAGUUGAGCAGACUAUUAGUAAUAGGCUAUUAGUAUUGAGCUUGGAUCAGGGGCACCAAGCGGAAACAGCAAUGGCGCUGGCAAGGCGAGCAGCCUCAUGUGGCCUCUGUGGCCGCGGUGCUCUUCUGGGUCAGCAUUAUGAAGCCUCCGGCAGCAAUCAGCAGCAGCAACAACCACGUCUUGCGCGCUUUUCAGACUCAUUAAGGGGCAAAGAAAAGUCUGGCAAGAUACGGGUACACGCUGGUGAAUCAGUAAGCCGCACAUGGGCACAGUCGAACAUCCGGGCCACUCUAGCUCAGGAUAGGCCUACAACCGCAGCGUCUGAUGGUUCGGCCCUUUUAGAAAAGUUUGCAGCACCCAAGGGGCAGGCAGCGGCCUCCCCCCCUAGCGUCCCUGUCACAGCAAAGAAGCCGCCAUGGCUGAGGCAAAGGGCACCGCAGGGGGAGAAGUUCGAGGAGCUGAAGGAUUCUCUCCGCUCUCUCAAGCUUAAUACAGUGUGUGAGGAGGCGCAGUGCCCCAACAUUGGGGAGUGCUGGAACGGGGGCGGCGGCGCCGGCGGCGACUCGAAGCACCACAAGGCGACUGCCACCAUCAUGCUGCUGGGGGACACCUGCACUAGGGGCUGCAGGUUCUGCGCUGUCAACACCGCCAGGAUCCCCCCACCCCCAGAUCCAAUGGAGCCGGAGAACACCGCAAGAGCGAUCGCGGAGUGGGGGGUGGGCUAUGUUGUGCUAACGAGCGUUGACCGAGACGAUCUUCCAGAUGGGGGCAGCGAGCACUUUGCGCGGACAGUACGCACACUGAAGGCUCUCGCUCCCGAGAUCUUGGUGGAGUGCCUGACGCCUGACUUCCGAGGGGACUGGGAGGCAGUGCGGCACCUCGCUGUCUCGGGCCUGGACGUCUUUGCCCACAACAUUGAGACAGUGAAGCGGCUGCAACGCAUCGUCCGGGAUCCGAGAGCAACGUACGAUCAGUCGAUGGAGGUGCUCCGGGUGGCCAAAGGGUCCAAAGCCGGCCUUGUGACCAAGAGCAGCAUUAUGCUCGGCCUCGGGGAGAAGGACGACGAAGUGUUGCAGACCAUGAAAGACCUGCGGGAUGCUGGGGUGGAUAUUCUCACCUUUGGGCAGUACCUGCAGCCAACGCCGCUGCACCUGACGGUCAAGGAGUACGUCACCCCCGAAAAGUUCGACCAUUGGCGCGUUGUUGGAGAGAAACUUGGAUUCCGAUAUGUUGCGAGCGGUCCUCUGGUCCGCUCGUCUUACAGGGCGGGCGAAUUCUUCGUCGAGAGCAUGAUCAAAGAAGACAGGCAGAAGGCGGAAGCUGUGUAGGGCUGAGUUAAGCUUGAGGUAACAUGUCUGCCUUUGAGAAUCACACACGAAGAUUAGGCAUGAAGUUGUCACUAGCUGCGACACAAAAGGGUCAAAUAGCAACACUUGGGCGCCUCUGCGGUAAUCAUCGUCAAUCAGCCCGUGCCAGAGAGAGCGGACCCCCUGUACAGCUGAAUCUACUUUUGCAGUUGCAGAACAGUCGAUGAAUUGAGAGGCCUUAGUCUAGGUUCAUGUAAGGAGCGGCCAGAUCCCUCAGCACGUCUUGACCUAGUCGGGUUUGACUCUGGCUGCAGGGGCCGCAUCCAUUCAGUUUCACGAGUGCCGGGUGUUGUUUUCACCUUACCCACUCGUUCGCUGUGGAUCUUAGUGCGUCUGAGAUAUCAAC